UCACAGGUACCAGCAGGGGUCAGCAGCUGUGCCUCUUCACCCCUCUCCUGUGGAGCCGGUGCUUGCGUUCUCACCCCAGAGGGAUACAGCUGCUUGUGCCAUCCUGGCUACACCUUGGACGCCAGCCGCCUUCACUGCAUCGAUGAAGAUGAGUGUCUGAAAGACCCUUGUGCUGGAAGAGGUCGCUGCAUCAAUAGUGUGGGUUCCUAUUUCUGCCUCUGUUACUCUGGGUAUACCCUGGCUGUCUUGGAGGGCAAGCAGAGUUGUGAGGACCGAGACGAAUGUGAGCAGCCUUCUAUCUGCCGAGGACAGCGAUGCAUCAACACCCCUGGCUCCUACCGCUGCCAGUGCAAGGAGGGCUUUGCCAUGGGCCCCAGAGGACAGUGCGAAGAUGUCAACGAGUGCAUGGCUCCCAGCUCUUGCCCCAGUGGAAGGUGUGUCAAUACACUGGGAUCCUACAAGUGUGUCAGCUGUGGGGAUGGCUACCGGCCCAGGAACGGGAGAUGUAUUGAUGUGGACGAGUGUCUUGUGGAGGGGACUUGUGCUCACGGACGUUGUAUCAACCUGGAUGGCUCCUUCCGCUGUUCCUGCUAUUGGGGCUAUGAGGUGACACCUGACGGGAAGAGUUGCCAAGACAUCGAUGAGUGCACAGCCCAGGCUACCUGUCCCUCUGGACUCUGCCUCAACACUGAGGGCUCCUAUUCCUGCAUGGCUUGUGACACCGGCUAUGUUGUCUCCAGAGAUGGCAGCACGUGUGAAGAUAUGGAUGAGUGUGAGGACCCUGCUGUACAGUGCCUGAGGGGAGAGUGCAGGAACACCCCAGGCUCCUACAAGUGCCACUGCCAGGCUGGCUUUGAACUCAUCAAUGGCACCGUGUGCGAAGAUGUGAAUGAGUGCCUGAACAGUGAGAUCUGCAGCCCCAAUGGCGAGUGUCUCAACAGUCAUGGAUCCUACUUCUGCAUUUGUGCUCCUGGCUUCUCAAAUGUGGGUGGUGGGGUCAGCUGCCAAGAUGUGGAUGAAUGUGCAGACAAGUCCCGGUGCUCGCAAGGCCAGUGUCUGAACACAGAAGGCUCCUACAGGUGUCUGUGUGAAAAUGGUUUCAAGCACUCCCAGGAGACCGAUGACUGCGUGGACGUGGAUGAGUGUAAAGAAUAUGGGGAUGCCAUCUGCGGCACAUGGCGGUGCCAGAACAGCCUGGGCUCCUACCGUUGUAUCAUGGGCUGCCAGCCUGGCUUCCACUGGACCCCCUUGGGUGACUGCAUUGACAUUGAUGAGUGUGCCAACGAGACGCUGUGCGGGAGCCACGGCUUCUGUGAGAACUCAGAUGGCUCCUUCCGCUGCCUCUGUGACCGUGGCUAUGAGAGCUCACCCUCCGGGCACUACUGCAUUGAUGUGAAUGAGUGCGAACUGAUGGUUGCCGUGUGCGGAACUGCCCUUUGCGAGAACGUGGAGGGAUCCUUCCUGUGCCUCUGCCCCAGCGACCAUGAGGAAUACGACACAGAGGCAGGGAAGUGCCAGCCCCGAACUGCCAUGGAGGGCUCCGACACACACGCCCAGCUCUCUGACAAUGCGGAGCGCAAGCAGUGUUACUACCACAUCAGUGACGUUCGCCUGUGUGACAGUGUCCUGGCCAAGAACAUCACCAAGGAGGAGUGCUGCUGUACUGUGGGGGCAGCCUGGGGUGACAACUGCGAGACUUACCCCUGCCCUAUCCCAGGCACAGUGGAGUACCAAGAGAUCUGCCCUCUUGGAAAGGGCUAUAUUCCCCAGGAAGAUCCACUCUCAGGAAAAGUCUCUUUCACAGACAUGGACGAGUGUGCAAUAUUUGGCUCUGAAUUCUGCCGCAACGGACAGUGUUUGAACACAGUGCCGGGCUACAAGUGUUUCUGCCAGACAGGCUACUUCUAUGAUUCCAGCAAGCUUGAGUGUGUUGACCAGGAUGAGUGUCAGAAUGAAGUCUACUGCAUCAACGGCGAGUGUCUGAACACAGAAGGCUCCUACCACUGCUUCUGCAGCCUCCCUCUCGUGCUGGAUGCCACUGGCAACCGGUGUGUGAAUUUCUCCAGCAGGGCAGAUGCCUUGGAGGAGUAUGAAAUCCACCUGGACGUCUGCUGGCAGAGCGUUGCUGACUACAUUUGCCAAGACCUGCUGCAUGGCGAGCAGACCACAUACACCGAGUGCUGCUGCCGGCUUGGCGAAGCCUGGGGCCAGAACUGUGCACUUUGCCCACACAGGUCCUCCGCUGAUUUUGCUUUCCUGUGUAAUGGGGCCAGUGAAGACAAUGAGAGAGGGGCUGAGCUCCGAGAAAGACCUAGGUAUGAGUACGGACCGGGCUUAGAAGACCCCCACUACGGCCUUCCUAGCCCUGAUAUGGGCCCCUACUACAACUACCUGGAAUCUGAGUACGGAAACCCAGAUCCUGGUUUCCCUCGGAGGGAACCCAGCAGAGAGUUUCAUGGCAGCCCUCUCCACCAUGGCCCAGUGCGGCCCCCACCCCGCUCCCUGCCCAGCCAAACUGGUCUCUACGAGGGUUUUGAGGGGCUGCAGGCAGAGGAGUGCGGGAUCCUCAACGGCUGCGAGAACGGGCGGUGUGUGCGUGUCCGAGAGGGCUACACCUGCGACUGCUUCGACGGCUUCCAACUGGACAUGACCCGCAUGGCGUGCGUGGACAUCAACGAGUGUGAAGAGGUGGGCAGCCCUGAGCCCCUGUGCCGAGGUGGCACCUGCAAGAACACGGAGGGUUCCUAUCGCUGCCAGUGCUUGCCAGGCUACGUGGCCCUGGCCCGGUCACACCACUGCGUGCCCCAGACAGCCCAGAGCCCAGCAGCCGCGUAG